CCUCCUCCACCUCCCUCCCACAUCAUCUCCCCUCCUCCACUUCCCUCUCCCCACCCCCCCAGCGAGACUCCUUCUCCCCGGAGCCAGAUUCCACCAAUGAGAGCCUGCCAUUUGUCUACCACAGCAGCAGCUUAGACUCUCGUAUUGAGAUGCUCCUGAAAGAGCAGAAAGCUAAGUUCUCCUUCCUGCCCUCCGAUGAAGAUGAGGAAGAGGACAGGAAGGACGAAAGGCAGAGAGAGAAGGUGGCAGCAGCAGGAGAGGGAGGAGCAGGGAAGGGAGGAGCAGCAGGCGAAGGCAGGAGCAAUAAGCAGAGGGAGCAGGAUGGGGAGAAAGACAGGCGGAGGAGACAAGGAGGAGAUGGUGGAGGCCAGCAGAGGAGGAAAGGAGAGAGGGAUAGAGACGGCCGUAGAGGGAGGAAGCAGAGAACGGGGGGAGAGGGGAGGAAGAGUCCCACUGUAGUAGCACAAGCUACCCCCUCCUCCUCCUCCACCUUCUCACCCCGCGUCCCCACCACAGAUGACCAUACUAGUCUCCAUGGAACAGGACCUCUGCAGGAGGAGACAGCCCAACCUGAGCCUAUUGAUCCAAGGACCAGACAAGGGGCACAGACACCCCCCUACAACGGAAAGAGUCAGUCAUCCCCUCAUUCCUCUGGGGAAGACAUGGAGAUCUCCGACGAGGAUGAAGAACACACCAUUACAGCAGUGACCACCCACCACGCCACUCCUUCCUCCGUCUCUUCUCCAUCUUCAUCCCAGGCCCCCCUGCCCUCCCAGACAGACCCCUCUGCCUCCCCCACUGACCCCACACAGCACUUUGGCACGUCCAUGCCUGCUGCGGGCCCAUCCCUCUUACCCCCGUGCACCCUCCUCCCCCCGGCUGUUUUCCCUGCAGCCUCCGUUCAUCCCCAGCUCAUGCCCUCGCACCAUGCUGGGCCAGCAAUUGGGAAGGCGCCUCUGCCCCCCUCCCCCUGGCAAGGGUGCCCUCCUCCCAUGCCCACACAUGUAUGA